GCUCGGCCCCGCGGCCGGGGCUCCCCCUGCCCUCUUGGGGCUGGAGAGGAGCCUUUCCCCGGCCGGGGCUGCUCCCAGAGGUGUGAUGUGGCUCUUCGGAAAGUGACAGCCGGAGGAGGAGCAGCAGCGCCGGCGGGCAGUUCCUCCCCCCGGUCCCGGCUCCCUGCUGCCUCCCAUGCCUGCGUGGCCCCACACCGGGGCGGCGGCCCCCCGGGAGGAGCCGGGGGAGGCGCUGCUUUGAUGGCCCUGGACGAGAAGCGGGAGAAGAGCGCGUCCUUCACCCCCAUGAUGAUCGAGGAGGACGCCGCCCUGCGGAACGGCAGCAGGGGGCUCUCGGGCCAGUGGGCGGACGCGGUGGGGGUGAGACCCCGCACCACGGAGCGGCACAUCACGGUGCACAAGCGUCUGGUGCUGGGCUUCGCCAUCUCCAUCCUGGCUCUGCUCGUGGUGACCAUGAUCGCGGUGCUGCUCAGCGUGCGCUUCGAGGAGUGCAGCACUGCGGCCGCGGCAGACAGCCCGGCCCGGGCGAGCGGCAACGGGAGCCUCCCCGGGGCUGCCCGGCUCAACCACGACGCUGGGGAGCCUCUCGGGCGCCAGGAGGAGGCGCCGGGCGAGGAGGAGGAGUGGCAGCAGCGGCGGCAGCCACCGCCAUGGACCCAGUUGCGCCUGCCCCGGCACCUGAGACCCCUGCACUACAACCUGAUGCUCAGCGCCUUCAUGGAGAACUUCACCUUCUGUGGGGAGGUGAACGUGCAGAUCGAGUGCCUGAACGCCAGCCGCUACAUCGUGCUCCACGCCCACCGCGUGCACAUCCAGGCAGUCCAGGUAGCCGAGGACAAGCUCUCCGGCGCCGUGCGCGUCUCCAGCUUCUUCCUCUACCCGCAGAACCAAGUCUUCGUGGUGGUCCUCAACCGCAGCCUGGAAGCGCAGAGAAGUUACAACCUCAAGAUCAUCUACAGCGCCCUGAUCGAGAACGAGCUGCUGGGCUUCUUCCGCAGCUCCUAUGUGCUCCACGGGGAGAGAAGAUUUCUUGGUGUUACCCAGUUUUCUCCUACUCAUGCCAGAAAAGCCUUUCCUUGCUUUGAUGAGCCCAUCUACAAGGCCACUUUCAAAAUCAGCAUCAAGCAUCAAGCAACCUAUUUAUCUUUGUCCAAUAUGCCAGUGGAAACUUCUGUUUUUGAAGAAGAUGGAUGGGUUACGGAUCACUUUUCGCAGACCCCCCUCAUGUCCACGUAUUACCUGGCCUGGGCAGUGUGCAACUUUACAUACCGGGAGACUACCACUAAGAAUGGGGUUGUAGUGCGAUUGUAUGCAAGACCUGAUGCAAUCAGAAGAGGAUCUGGGGACUAUGCACUGAAUAUUACAAGGAGACUCAUUGAGUUUUAUGAAGACUACUUUAAAGUGCCAUAUUCCCUACCAAAAUUAGAUCUAUUAGCUGUGCCUAAGCAUCCGUAUGCUGCUAUGGAGAACUGGGGACUAAGUGUUUUUGUGGAGCAAAGAAUACUGCUAGAUCCAAGUAUUUCUUCCAUAUCUUACUUACUGGAUGUCACCAUGGUUAUUGUACAUGAACUAUGCCACCAGUGGUUUGGUGACCUUGUGACUCCAGUAUGGUGGGAAGAUGUAUGGCUAAAAGAAGGUUUUGCUCACUAUUUUGAAUUUGUUGGGACAGACUACCUCUAUCCAGGCUGGAAUAUGGAAAAGCAGAGAUUUCUGACAGAUGUCCUACAUGAAGUAAUGCUGCUCGACGGCUUGGCCAGUUCACAUCCAGUAUCACAGGAGGUGCAGCGAGCCACAGACAUUGACAGGGUGUUUGACUGGAUCGCCUACAAAAAGGGUGCAGCUUUAAUUCGAAUGUUGGCUAAUUUUAUGGGUCACUCUGUAUUUCAGAUGGGCUUACAAGACUAUUUGACAAUUCACAAGUAUGGCAAUGCAGCCAGAAAUGAUCUCUGGAAUACCCUGUCAGAGGCUCUAAAAAAGGUUGGAAAAUUUGUAAAUAUCCAAGAGGUAAUGGCUCAGUGGACGCUACAGAUGGGUUACCCUGUUAUCACCAUCAUGAGAAAUGAAACUGCAGACAAUAUAGUAGUAAUCUCCCAAGAGCACUUUAUUUAUGACAUUGAUGCUAAAACCACAGAUCCUGAUCUUAGAAACAACAGCUACUUGUGGCAGAUUCCACUAACAAUUGCAGUAGGAAAUACGAGCCACAUCUCUUCAGAGGCAAUUAUAUGGGUGUCUAACAAAUCAGAACAUCACAGAAUUGCUGCUUUAGACGAGACAAGCUGGUUGCUGGGGAACAUCAAUCAGACUGGCUAUUUUCGGGUUAACUAUGACGUGAGGAAUUGGAGGUUGUUAAUUGACAAACUAAUGAGGAACCAUGAGGCUAUCUCUAUCAGUAAUCGAGCAGGUUUGAUCGAUGAUGCAUUCAAUCUAGCCAGAGCUGGCUAUUUGCCUCAGAAUAUUCCUCUGGAGAUUAUCAGAUACCUUUCCGAGGAGAAGGAUUUUCUGCCUUGGCAUGCUGCCAGCCGAGCUCUUUAUCCUCUAGAUAAAUUGCUGGACCGCACUGAAAACUACAACAUUUUCAAUGAAUAUAUUUUAAAACAAGUUGCAACGAUGUACCUCAAACUUGGAUGGCCAAUGAAUAAUUUAAACAGAUCCCUUGUUCAAGCUGCCUACCAACACGAAGAAUUGCGUCGAGAAGUCAUCAUGCUGGCCUGCAGCUUUGGUAAUAAACACUGUCACCAACAGGCUGCAACGUUAAUCUCAGAUUGGAUUUCCAGCAAUAGAAACCGAAUCCCACUUAACGUCAGAGACGUCGUUUACUGUACAGGAGUAUCACUGAUGGAUGAAGAUGUAUGGGAGUUCAUUUGGAUGAAAUUCCAUUCUACCACAGCGGUAUCUGAGAAGAAAAUAUUGUUAGAAGCCUUAACUUGCAGUGAUGAUAGAAACUUGUUAAACAGGCUUCUGAACCUGUCUCUCAAUUCAGAAGUUGUCCUGGAUCAAGAUGCAAUUGAUGUCAUAAUCCACGUAGCUCGAAAUCCACAUGGCAGGGAUCUUGCUUGGAAGUUUUUCAGAGAAAAAUGGAAAAUACUAAAUGCCAGAUAUGGAGAAGCAUUAUUUAUGAAUUCCAAACUUAUCAGUGGAGUCACAGAAUUCCUUAAUACUGAAGAAGAACUAAAUGAGCUGAAGAAUUUUAUAAAGAGCUACAAAGAAGGAUCUGCCUCCUCUUUCUCUCGAGCUGUGGAAACAGUGGAAGCCAAUGUACGGUGGCAAAUGCUUUAUAAAGAAGAACUAUUCCAGUGGCUAAGAAAAUCCCUGAAACACUAAUCUGUUUCUAACUAGCCGUUUAAUGGGAAGUUGUGGAAGAGGAGGUGCAAUAUGUGAAAAUCUGAGAGCGUCUGACAUUGAAAUGAAGACAAGAUCAGAAUUGCAGGGAGUUUUCUUGCACUGGGCUCUUAUUAAAACUGUAAAGGAACUCUUGCAAGAAGAGGUGGUCAUGACUGCUUGUGAAAUCCAGUCCUCAGUGUACAUGACCAAACCUGAUAUUAAGUGGUGCAUGUAAAUGUUACCGUCAGUUUGAAAAAACUUCAAAGAGUGUUUUGUGCAUGGUUGUAUGGCCCCUGCCUGUAUUUCAGCAUGCUUACUUAUAAUGACCAAGUUUUGUAUGUGAAUUCCUGUUACAUCAAAGAUGGGCAUUAUGCAAAAGCACAAAGACUAUCUAUGACAAUCAGUGUUGCAAUGAACAGAAGUAAUGGAAAAAAGGAGAGGAAAGAUUGUAGGGCUCCAAACACAGGGGUGGCAUGAGAUGUAAAGUCAUCCUUACAUGAUAGAUGCCAAUCAUUUCAGCACUCAGAUUGUCUCUUAAUGAUUAUAGGGAUGCCAACUCAUUUUUGAGUUGCCAGUUGUUAUAUAUGCAGUCUCCCCAUUUCUGUAUUUAAAUAAAGUGUACAUACAUUGAGAGACACCACUCACCUAGUACACUGUAAUUUCAUAAGCUAAUUAUAUUCACUGCUGAUCAGUGAAAAAAAAACAUUUUAAAGCUCUAAUCAUAAAUGUAUACAAUGUUUAUGAUGAGAACUUUGCAUAGCUACUUGGACAAAAUCCAUAAACCACCUCCUCUGAGUGAUUUUAUGAGGCAGUGGUAUUCUGGAUGUGCUACUCAAUCUGUGUAGUAAUUACACAGCUGCUAAUGCACAACUAUCAUAAAUACUCAUCAAAUUCAAAUGGAUAUAGGCAAAAGUGGAGAAUAACCUGGAUCUAUGAACACAAAAUUAACCAAUAAAGCUAUCUUGCACGUGGAAGGCCAGCCUCUGUGAUGAUCUAGUAUAAAAGACAAAUAACCUAGAUACUCCAAGAUUGUGUCACCAUUUGAGUGAUAUUUUCACUCAAAUACACUCUUAUCAUUUUUGCCAACUCUUUUUUUAAUGUUAAAUACGGAUAUAUAUUUGUAAUGGCAACUGUUAAGAAAACUCUUCUACUUCUAUUUCCCUUUUCCUGUGAUUCACAUAAAGUAUUCCAGAAUUCUAAACAUGAAUAUGAGUUUUUUUUCCUCCCAAUCCUACAAUUUACUGAAUUUGCUAGUGUUUAAUGACAUUCUGCACCAUUGGUGGCAUCUACGGGGAAUGAAGACUGAUGUUCUCAUCUUAGGCCCAAAAAGUCUCCCAUGCUAUGCAGCGUGGAGAAGAGCAGAACCACAGAAAGAUCACAGGAAGUGGGUUGUGGUAGUUCAGAGGUGGGGAUAGACAUAGUAUUUCUGCCCCUGCCAUUUAAUUGUUUCUGGCCCUUCUGCAACAUGAGAGGUCAGCUCUGUAUAGCUGGGGAAAUGUGGCCACCCAAUGUCGGGAACACUUUACACAGCAGUUCAACUCACAAAAUGCAGCAUAGCAGUAGUAACUCAUCCUCAACCAGUUUUUCACAGAUGGGUCACAAGUGAGCACUGUGCGAGGAACCAGCCAAUAUCAGCAUAUUGAACUGGCAGACUGGAGUCCCUACAGUGGUGUGAGGGGAGAAUAGACUCUCUAAUAUAGCCUCUUGUUCCUGUGGAACUCUGGUCCUCAAGAGCUGAUAGCCACAUUCCCUGAGUAUCCUUCUCUACUACCAACUAUACUAACAUGAGUUAAUGCAGCAGAACAGCACCAGCCCAGGAGCAACAGAUCUCUACCGUCUCCUUCUGUGUCAAGUGUGACCUUACAAAAGAAGAGGGAGUCCUCUGCUUCUGAUAAGCCCUAUACAUUUUGUGCUGAAGUAUUAACGAGCUUGUCCCAGAGACAUUUUCAUGUCUGUAGAGUGAAAUACUCUGUAUGUAUCUUUUACCUACCUCACAGGGAUGUUGUGAGGCAUACUUAAUGUUAGUCUAGCACUUCAGUAUCCUCUGAGGAAGGCACUUAAAAGUGCAGAGUUGUUGUUUUGUGGUUGGCCAGACUGCCUCAACACCAGUAUGUAGCUGCACUUUUAAAAUUUGAUGACAAAAUACCGUGUAGAUCUGUCAUAUUAAAACAAAGCCAGAAUAUGCAUACCAGAGCCCUUGGCAAGUCCCUUCAAACCUUUGCUGGUCCAAGAAACUAGAGGAACCUAAAUGCUUAAACAUGGGCUUGGAAAUUUCAGUAAAAAGAUGUCCUUUUUUUGUUGUGCACAGUGAUCUGAAUAGCUCAGAUUGCAUUCUGCCAUCUCAUUGUUCACUUGGUUGUCACUACAGUUUGAACUUGGGACAUUUGGGACACAUGUAGAAGUUUCUGACCUUUCCAAUGAUAAUGGGCUAAUAUAAAGAACAACCUGACACAUUACAAAGUUGUGAUUUGCUUUUAGUCAUGUGAAUUCCAGAGUGCAGAGCAGUUUUCAUUAUUGCUUUUUUAGAAAUAGAAUUCUAAUGGUUUUUAGUCUUUUCUAGUAAGUUACACUAAUGCUGGAUGCAAGUCUAACAUUUUACUUGCUGUAUUUAAUAUUUUAGUGGUAUUGAGAGACUGGUCUACCACAAGUAUACCAUACAUACCAUGUACAUACCAAUUGUUGUAUUGCAUAUAAUUAUUGUAUUAUAGUGAUUUCAUAUUACUGCUAGAGUUAAGGUCGAGUUGGCCCUUUCCAUUAUAAAUCCCUAAUGUUUAUUUUUUUAAUAUUUUGUAUUUUGCUGUUUUGCAUUGAAUCAGGCUUAAAUUUAAAUGGCUUAAAUCAAAUAAAACUAUCGCUGUUUUUUACAGUACUCAGAAACCCUGCAUCUAGGUAUGUCUUCGGAUUAUUUUCUUUAUAAGUUCCAGACAGUGAUGUAUUAAAGAGCAGCUGAUACCUCAUGGAAAGCCUUACAAACAUUCUUCUUAGGAAAAAAAACUGUUUAUCUUGUUAAUUUUUCUCCUUUGUUCCCCUGUCCAUAACUAGAGAUGGGUCUUAGCUCCAAAAUUUGGAUUGUGAUCCAGAUUUUGAACAUUCUAAACCUCAAUGGACGUUUUUUGUUUGUUUCAUUCAAAUACAGGUUUUUUUGUUUGGUCCAUUGUAACAAGAAGGAAUAAACUGCAACAUUUGGAAUUAUAAUGCAGUUUGGGUUCUGAACUCCCCCAAAGCACCAGGGGUGUUUUGAUAUUGCAAUUUAGGCCCACCUCUACCCUUAACAUUUGUAUGAACUCAGAAUCAUGAUCUUUAUUCCUCUUCUAUAGCCAAUGUUUAUGCCUUACUGGAUAAUGUAGGGGAAAAUCGACAGUAGACACAAAUAGGUGCAACUCCAUAGUAAUACGAUAAUUUAUUGUAUUUGUAUAAUACCCUCAGGCAGAAAAUCUGAUGGUUCCUUGUUGCCAGUAGAGUUAACCCAACUUAUAUCAGUGGUGAAUUUGGCCCAUAAUAAGUGGUGGUAUCAUAACAUAGCUGCUAAUGAUGACUAGACUAAAGUUAUAUGACUAUUUUUUUUCUUAAACCAAGUUUUACCCGUGUUUUUGUUGGAUGCAUGUGAGCAUUAACUUUGUUUGAUAUAAUAUUUAAUUAACUAGGGCCAGGUACACCUGAAAUCUUGUGAUCCUUUCAGCGCUAUGGUAUGAAUUCUAAUCCUAUAACAGUAGUUGAAGGUGGAUUUUAUGUAAUUUUGGGGUUGUGAGUAUUUCGCACACUUCUAAAUGUCACACAGAAUUGUGACCUCCAUUGGUUCCAAUAAACUCUUUCACAGCAAAGAUCCCGAUUCAUCCAAUUAACUCUUUAGUAAUAAAGAAUAAAAGAGAAAUAACUAUAUAGACAUAUUUACUAAAUCUAUUAUAUACAUGAGUCCUACAGACAAGUUUCCCAUAAGGUGUCAGCAGCUCUAUUUAUUUUUUGUAGACUAUUGCAAGUAGGAAAAGCAACAUUUUCAAACAUAGGUGCCAAUAUUUUAAACACCUAAAUAAAAGGGGCUUUAUCUUUCAGACCUGCUGAUCACUAACUAUUCCCAUUGAAAUCAAAAUGUGGUGAGCAGAGCUCAUUGAAAAAUUCAAGAUUUUCCAUGAGAGAAAAGGGACACAUUUUUCAUAAUUGGUUUUCAACCACCUCUAGUGGCGAAUGCUCAGCAUUUCUCAGUAUUGGCCCAGACUAUUGGUUAUGGCCACACAUCUCACAAUGCUAGUUAUGAGCAUGAGGGAGUAUAAGGAGUGUUCUCCUGAGCUGGUUGGACACCAGGACAUUCUCCCAGCAUUAGGUUAGAGCAGCCUGAGGGCUGAUUUAACUUCCAUCUACUGCUGAUAGCCUUAAAGGCCAGUAAGCAAUUGAGAAUCACCAGGAUGCAAGGAAGCUUCAGCCAAGCUCUUUACACUGUCAACAAGGAGGAGGUUGUCAUAAGAACCCCUAUGCCAGUUGCAUAUCACUGAACAAUCUUCUUAAAUGAAAAUGAUGGCUGGAAGUUGACACUAGACAAAUUCAGACUGGAAAUACAAUGUAAAUGUUCUAAUCAACCAUUGGAACAAUUUGCCGGAGGU